UUUUUUUUAUUCGUUGUUAAAGUGGUGUAGCUUAAAACAGGACUAAGGAAUCCGCGGUUUUGCACCAGGCUAGGCGCUCCGCAGGAACGCGUUCCCCCGCACUCCUCUCCCUUCCAGGGAGCCCCACGCCUCGGCCGUGCAGUGCGGCCGCGCGUGCGCCCGGGCCCCCAGCACCCUCGCCGCCCGGUUGCCGUGGGAACCUCAGAGCACCACAGCGCCCGAAGACGCAGCAGUGAGCAGUACCAAGGCCAGAGCAUGGAGCUGCCAGAUCCGGUCCGCCAGAGGCUGGGAAACUUCAGCCGGACCGUGUUCAGCGACUCCAGCCGGACCGGGCCGGAGUAUAACGAGGGUCCGGAUAAUGAAAUGGUUUCCAGUUUGGCACUGCAGAUGUCACUUUAUUUUAACACUUAUUUUUUCCCAUUUUGGUGGGUGAGCAGCAUUAUGAUGCUUCAGAUGAAGUAUUCAAUCUUGCCUGAUUACUACAAAUUCAUUGUGGUCACCGUUAUCAUCCUAAUAACCUUAAUUGAAGCUAUCAGGUUGUAUCUAGGCUACAUGGGGAACCUGCAGGAGAAGGUUCCUGAGUUGGCUGGCUUUUGGCUUUUGAGCCUUCUAUUGCAGUUGCCUUUAAUUCUGUUCUUGCUCUUUAAUGAAGGCCUAACGAAUCUGCCCUUGGAAAAAGCAGUACAUAUCAUCUUCACUAUAUUCCUUACUUUCCAAGUUGUUUCAGCAUUUCUUACCCUAAGGAAAAUGGUAAAUCAGUUGGCAACUCGUUUCCACCUCCAAGACUUUGACCAGCUCUCUAUGAGCAGAGGAGACAUGAGAAGAGUGAGAUCCUGUAUAGAAGAGAUUUGACCCAGUGCUGUUGAGUGAAAAUCUGAAAGAUCAUUCUAGAAAACUGCAGGAAUUAGGAAAACACCUGAGGGCUAGCACGAGAAAAAGGAUAAAGCAAAUGUUUUGAACUGUAUGCUCUCUGUGUCUGAAAUUCCAAGGUUGGGGGCAAUGAUAAGACUAUUUGUACAUCACAUGAAAACAGUAAAUCAACCCUAAAACCUACGUGUUGUCUACCUGAUGUCAAAUAUCUGAAUAUUUUUGUUGUUGUUGACUUUUUCAGGUGUGUAAAAACCUGUAUUGGUGGAAUUACAUCUUUAUUGUAAUAUUUCUAGUUAGUACCUAUAACUAGAAAUGUGUAUAUUUCUUUUAAUCUUGUUGUCUAUCUGUGUGUUGGCAGUAUGUCUGAAGCACGUGGAAAUGCUUGUCAGUAUUCUGAUGUAUUAGACUACAUUUGUAAACUAAGACACCAAAUUUUCAUGUCUGCUAGGGUCUUAGCUGUUAUACUGAGGUUAAGAAGAAAACAGGUGGAUUAUCAUGCUAUUUAGGAAAUGUUUUUAUUCUAAAAUUGUUACUUUCAUAAAACUGUGUUCAGGGACUUCCCUGGCAGUUUGGUGGUUAAGACUUCGCCUUCCAGUGCAGGGGAUGCAGGUUUGAUCCCUGGUUGGGGAGCUAAGAUCCCACAUGCCUCACGGCCAAAAAACUAAAACAUGAAACAGAAGCAAUAUUGUAACAAAUUCAAUAAAGACUUUAAAAAUGGUCCACAUCAAAAAAAUCUUCCAAAAAAAUAAGUAAGUAGAUAAAUAAAACUGUGUUUGGUAUUUAUGGUGGUGGUAUGUAAAAUGUCUUUACAAUAAGGUAUAAAAUAUUUAUGUUAAAGUAUCUGUAGGAAUCAUUCCUGUCUUGUACAGUUCUUUUGGGCUGUCGGUCUGUUAUUUUUAUUACAGAGUUUGCUUGGGUGUAUCUGAACAUUAUUUUUAAGUGACUAUUGGAUUGUCUUAAGGGAUAUAAUGUUUUCUUUCCUAUAGAGAAAUGUGCCUUUAUAAGUAAUGUAUUUACUGAGAGAUAGUUGUAGCUACCUUAAAAAUCAUUCUUUCUAAUCUUCUUGUUCUGUAAUUCAUGCUUAUUUUAGGAUUUCCAUGCUGUGCCUUAUACAUUCUUAUAUUACUUAAUUUUUGAAACUUU